UAUAGGAAUGAUAAAAAAAUGAGAGCCUCCCACGUAUAUGAGACGCACCUAAAGACUGUUUCAAAGCCCUUCCCAAGGUUUGCAAACUUUCCCAAACUACCAAGCCCCUACAAUCCCUCAUUAUCAGUCCUCUGCAUUACCCUCGUCAGUCCAACCUGUAACCCUUCUUUCCUUUGCCACCUUUCUAACUUUCUCUCUCUUUCUCUUUCUUUUCCUAAUUGUGUCUCUCUCCACACCCAACCCUUUCUUCAGCCCCAAAAAUUAACCCAACAUUGCCUCUCUUGGCCACACCCAAGAUCCUAACCCCCCGCUCUCUCUCUCUGCCUUCCACCAUGGGCAACUGUUGCUCUCAACGCAGCACCGAGGAUGCCCCAAAUGACGACAAUAAGGGAGACAACAACAAUGCCCCGGACAAUAACCCUAGUGCUGCCCAUGCCUCCAGCCAGAACCCCUCAAACCCGGCCGCUCAUCCCAAACCUAAUGCUUCGCCAACUGACGGCAAGGCUGCCAGGCCUGGCCCCAUUGGCCCCGUCUUAGGCCGUCCCAUGGAGGACGUCCGCUCCAUGUACUCCAUAGGUAAGGAGCUCGGGCGGGGCCAGUUUGGGGUCACACACUUGUGCACGCACAAGGCCACGGGAGAGCACUUCGCUUGCAAGACAAUUGCCAAGCGGAAGCUGGUGAACAAGGAGGAUAUUGAGGAUGUGAGGAGGGAGGUACAAAUCAUGCAUCAUUUGACGGGGCAGCCCAACAUUGUGGAGCUCAAGGGAGCUUAUGAGGACAAGCAGUCGGUUCAUUUGGUCAUGGAGUUGUGCGCCGGAGGAGAGCUUUUUGAUCGUAUCAUCUCGAAGGGACAUUACACCGAACGCGCUGCUGCCGCGUUGUUGAGGACCAUUGUUCAGAUCGUGCACACCUGUCAUUCCAUGGGGGUUAUUCACAGAGAUCUCAAGCCUGAGAAUUUCCUUUUGCUCAAUAAAGAUGAACACUCUCCGCUUAAGGCUACAGAUUUUGGCCUGUCCGUCUUUUACAAACAAGGAGAAUUAUUCAAGGAUAUUGUUGGUAGCGCGUAUUACAUUGCACCAGAAGUGUUGAAGAGGAGAUAUGGGCCAGAAGUGGAUAUAUGGAGUGUUGGAGUCAUGUUGUACAUUCUUCUCAGUGGUGUUCCUCCUUUCUGGGCAGAAUCGGAACAUGGGAUAUUCAAUUCAAUUUUACGUGGCCAACUCGACUUUUCAAGCGACCCUUGGCCUUCAAUAUCACAUCAAGCAAAGGAUCUUGUGAGGAAGAUGUUGAACUCAGACCCCAAGCAGAGAUUGACAGCCUUCCAAGUUCUCAAUCACCCAUGGAUUAAGGAGGAUGGUGAAGCACCUGAUGUUCCUCUCGACAACGCUGUGCUCAGCAGGCUCAAACAGUUCAAAGCAAUGAACCAGUUCAAGAAAGUUGCACUUCGGGUCAUUGCGGGAUGCCUAUCAGAGGAAGAAAUCAUGGGAUUGAAAGAGAUGUUCAAGAGCAUAGAUACAGAUAACAGUGGGACUAUAACACUUGAAGAGCUAAAGCAAGGACUUGCCAAGCAAGGGACAAAGCUAUCUGAAUUUGAAGCUAAGCAAUUAAUGGAAGCAGCGGAUGCUGAUGGCAACGGAACCAUAGACUACGAUGAGUUCAUCACAGCAACAAUGCACUUGAAUCGGAUGGAUCGAGAAGAGCAUCUCUACACUGCCUUCCAACACUUUGAUAAAGAUAACAGCGGGUAUAUCACGACCGAAGAGCUAGAGCAAGCCCUCCGAGAAUACGGCAUGCAUGAUGGAAGGGACAUACUUGAAAUCAUUGCUGAAGUUGACGCUGAUAACGACGGUCGAAUCAACUACGAUGAAUUCUGUGCAAUGAUGAGAAAAGGGAACCCCGAAGCAAACCCGAAGAAGCGGCGUGAUGAUAUAUUUGUUUGAUUAAUUUGGGUUGGUGCACAAGGAUAUGCAAUGAAGUAUUAUCAUUGGGGAAAGUGGCAAAUAGAGAAAACGUCUGUCCAUCAUCGUGAUUUUAAUUAUCCAAGGAGAUUAAGGGAGAUUAAUUUGGGAGAGAGAUUAAUUUUGGUGCUCAUGGAUGUUCAUCAUGUACAGUAUCUUAUAAAAAAAAAAGAGAAGAAAAAAUGGGAGGGGCUUUGGGAGAGAAGGUGGCUCAAGACAACUCUUGUGUUAGUUGGUGGGGGGUUAAUUAAUUUGAGGGUUGUAAAUUAAGUCCAAAAAUGCAUGUCUGGUCACAAGAUCCUCCAUCUCCUGCUUGUGAAAAUUGUAUCUGUCAAAUAUAUUUUUCGAAA